AUGCAUCAGAAAAUAGAGGUGGAAGUGAAUAUGCAUUGCGAAAAGUGCAGGACUGACGUUCUAAAGUCUGUGACCAAACUUUCAGGCAUCGAUCAAGUAUCAGUUGAUCUUGAAAAACAGAUGUUAGUCGUAGUUGGAGAUGAUGUUGAUCCGGUGAGUGUGGUAGAACGUGUUAAGAAAACCGGAAAAAGAGCCAAAAUUAUUACUGUUGGACCAUCCAAAAAACCGGAUCCUCCAGUUUCUCCUAUAUGUGAAUCUAUCAUAAGUGGGUACCCUUAUCCUGUCUGUACCGAUGUAUAUCCUGUAGCUGUCGUGUAUCCCCAACCAUGUGAUUAUGAAACUGGAGGAUGUGUGAUUCAAUAA